UCGCAUUGUUCAUCGAGUUACACAAUUUUAUUUUCGAUUAAUCAUUCUAUUUGAACAAGUGCUUUUGUUUAAACAUCAUAUGGUUUUUACUGUCUUUUGGGUAUCGACGUUAACAGUGAACAGACAUAUUGUGUUACUGCAGUUAUAAAAUGAACCGGUCAAUAUUUUGUCUACUUCUAUUCCUUGCAUAUUUCAGUUGUCUGGCUGAAAGUGCUUCGAUUUUGGCUUUGUUCUCGUCUCUGUCCUAUUCUGAUCACGCCGUGUUUAGAGGAUUGGUGUCUCAAUUGGCUCAGAAGGGCCACAAUGUCGUCAUGAUGACGGCUUACCCAGGCCACUUCACUUACCCAGACGUGGAGAACAUCGUCGAGCUCGAUGUUGGACAAGAAUCAGCGGCAUUCUGGAACGAAUGGCUGAAGUUGAUGACGAACACUGAUGACUACUACACGAGGCUGCGAGCCAUCAACGAACUGAACAUCAGAUUGACGAUUGCACAGAUCCAGUCUAAACAAAUGCAGUCUCUACUCAUCAAUCCGAAUUUGAAAUUCGAUCUGGUGAUCACUGAAGCCGAUGUCCCAAUUCUGUACGCGGCUGCUGAGAAAUACCAAUGCCCCCACAUAGCCAUCACAACUUCAAGCGGAAAAAUCCACCAGUACGAAGCGAAAGGUAAUCCAGUUCACCCAAUCUUGUAUCCAGAUGUGAACGCGUUGAAUUACGGAAAUUUGACGCAUUGGGGGAAGAUUGUCGAACUCAAUCGUCAUAUUCAAACUAAGUUGGAAUACUACAACAACUACCUACCAUACUGCGAGAUUGCCGCUAAGAAGUUAUUUGGCUUGAAAAAGGAUCUUCUUGAAGUUGAGAAAGAUAUUGAUUUGCUCUUCGUUGCUGCGAAUCCCUUGCUGAUUGGAAACAGACCAACAGUGCCUGCCAUAAUCUACACUGACAGAUUGCACCUUCGACCAGGAUUCUCCUUACCUCAGAAUUUGCAAGCCACUUUGGAUGCAGCAAAGAAAGGAGUGAUUUACUUCAGUCUUGGUGCAGUGCAGGAGUCAGAAGCAUUAGCUCCUCGUCUGUUGAAGACUUUAUCUGAGGCCUUCCGUGAAUUGCCGUUCACGGUGCUAUGGAAGAUUGGCAACACGACUGCUUUUGAUAAACCAGAUAAUGUCAUUACUGGGGCGUGGUUCCCUCAGCAAGAGGUUUUAGCCCAUCCCAAUGUGAAAGCUUUCCUAACCAACGGAGGUCCUCGCUCGCUUGAAGAAGCCUUGUUCUAUGAGGUGCCCAUUAUUGGGCUUCCCAUAGUCCGGUCCAGGAAAGUCUUCAUGAAGGAGAUCACGAAACAUGGCGCUGGAGAGAUCGUUGACCCAUACACUUUCGAUAAGGACGAACUGAAGGCUACUAUUUCUUUAGUCGCUGCGAAUGAACAGUACAAGCGAGCGAUGUCCAAACUCAAGGCCAAGGUAGUGAACGAGUAUAUCUCAGGCCCUGACAAUGCAGUUUGGUGGGUGGACUACGUCCUCCGUAACGGCGGGGCUCGCCACUUGCGCGCUGCAACUGUUGGCAUGAGCUCCUUCAGUUACUUCCUUCUGGAUGUGGUUGGAAUUCUUCUAGUUGGGUCCUUAGUAGUGCUUCUCGUCUCCUAUUUUCUGUUGCGUUGGGUUAUAAAGCGACUACGCGUAAAAUUCUUAAGACGGGGGGAAACAGGCGGCAAAUUCAAAGCAUUGUAAUUGUAAAAGUUUUGAAUAUAUUGUAAUUACUAAUUAUUUAAAAGGAAUAUUGUAAGUAAUGCAUGUUUUAAAAUAAAUACAAAGUACUG